AUGAUCCGCGAGUACUUUGGCUACGCGCUCUACGGGCUCAAGGCGUCCAAGGUCGACAACCCGGACGAGCGCGUCACGGCGGCCGUGGAGCAGCUGAGCGACGCCGUCGUGGGCAUGGUCAUCGACGCGAGCCUCGCGUGGAUCAAGUGCCUCGCGUUCCUCGUCAUCCUCUACCGCAUCAUGCCCGAGGUGCUCUACCUCACGCUCGUCGCGUCGACGCUCGACACGUUCAUGAUGUGCUACGUGCUCGGCCCGCCGCUCCAGGUCCUCGGCGCCAAGAAGGCGACGAAGGACGCGGACCUGCGCCACGCGCUCGUCCGCGCGCGCCAGUACGCGGAGGAGAUCGUGCUCUACCGGGGCACGGAGCGCGAGAAGCGCACGAUCCUCAAGCACCUCGACGAGACCAUCGCGUUGAGCCACAGCAAGAACGUCUGGAGCGCCAUCAUGGCGUCCUACCGGAAUCUCGUGGACUGGUCGUCGGGCAUCGGCCCCGCGUGCGUCGUCGCCCCAAAGUACUUCCGCGGCGACAUCGAGUUCGGCGCCAUCGCCCAGGUCUUCAUCGCGUACGGCGUCGUGCGCGGCGCCUUCCAGAUCCUGGCGAACAACGUGCGCGGCGUCGCGCAGAUCACGGUGUGCGCGACGCGCAUCUCCGAGAUGCGCGACGCGAUCCGCGACGCGAACCUCGCGCGCGAGCGCUCCAAGGAGACGCUCCGGCGGAACCAGAUCGCGCUGCCGGAGGCGCGGGCGGACGCGCCCCCGCGCGAGGCCGUGCCGCCGGGCUACGUGCUUCUCGCGCUGCGGGACGUCGCCGUGACGACGCCCGACGGCGGCGAGCGGCUCGCGGCGGGCGUCACCUUGGCCGUGCGCAGCGGCGAGGCCCUGCUCCUGCGCGGGCCCACGGGCUGCGGCAAGUCGAGCCUGCUGCGCGUCGUCGCGGGGCUCUGGACGACGGCGACGGGCGACAUCGACGUGCCCCCGGUGGGCCGCGCGGUCUUCGUGCCGCAGCGGUCCUACAUGGCGUCGGGGAGCCUGCGGCGCCAGCUCACCUACCCGACCUUCGAGGCGGCGCCGGGUUCGGACAAGGCCCGGGCCGCGGCCGACGCGUCGCUCGCGAGCGCGCUCGACGCCGUCGACCUCGGCCACCUCGCGGCGGAGCUCGACGCCGUCGACGACUGGACGACGCGGCUGAGCCUCGGCGAGCAGCAGCGCCUGAGCAUCGCCCGGGCCCUGCUCAAGCGGCCGGCCCUCGUCUUCCUCGACGAGUCGACGUCGUCCAUGGACGUCGCCACGGAGCAGAAGCUCUACGAGCUCCUCCAGGCGAACGUGCCGACGCUCGUCUCCGUCGCGCACCGCCCGACGGUGACCAAGUACCACACGCACGUCCUCGAGUGCGUCAAGUACGUCCGCACGCACGCGCCGGGCGACGCCGACACGCGCGAGUGGGCCUUCCGGGCCCUCGCGGGCGACGACUUCGCCAAGGCCGCGAACCCCGGCGACCUGGCGGACCAGUGA